AUAGCGCGUCUUUGUAAACAAACGAAUGGUUGCGGUGCGUCGCUUUGGUGGAGUGUAUUUGCUGAAGCUAAAUUUACCACUCUUGACCGCGGCACGAAAAUGGCACGAAGAAAUGUAUGGACCGUGGAGGAAACGCGCGAGCUACUAGCUAUCAUCAAGGAGCUGGAUUUAAUGAAACUGUUCGGCGAAGAGCGUAACAGCAAGCUGUACCAAAUCGCGGAGGAUCAUAUGAAGCAGCGAGGAUUCUUCUAUAAGGACGCUUUCCAGAUUGAGCACAAAUGGAAAAAUCUCAAAAGGACGUAUCACAAAACGAAGCGAGAAAACUACCUAACGGAGUCGUGUGAAUUUUUCGAAGAACUUGACGAGCUUAUGGCUAUGAAACCAACGAGUUCUAAAACAAAAGAAGUCAGCGAUCGACCGAAACGACCGAGAGCUGUGUUGGAAAACUUUGACCUUUUGCUAACCAAGCUCACCAAGGUGGAACGUGAAAACAAUGACGAAUUCUUCAAAAAACAAAAAGAUCUCGUAGACUACGAGUUUGAUCUGUACACGCAUGAUGAGCGACAGUAUACGACCAAAGUAUCACAGAUGCUUAAUCGAAACAUGAACGAUUUCUGUGCCAAAGCGAAUGAGAUUCUGCUCCAGGAAGGAAUCGUGGAGAAGAUUGUCGACGAGGAGGAGGAACCAAAUCCUGGAGAGUCGAAGCAUAUAGCAGAAUUGACCACCACCGAGCAGCUAGUGGUGUUGGAUGAACAACCCGUCGUUAAGCAGGAGAUUGUAAAAGAAUUUUACCAAACGUGGCGAGAAGAGGAACCGUUUUAACUUGGCGACUAGGGUAGGACCUUCAAUGAAAGCAUGUAACGCAAACAUAUAUGUAAUGCACUCAAUUUAUUCUGUUUCUCGUUUGUAGUUUAACAAAUUCGUCAAGCGUUUUGGCUUACAAUAUAUCCAUACAUAGUUUGGGAAAAUGGUUAGCAAUUAAUUUGUCGCUUCGCUGAUGAAAUAUACC